UACUCGUUGAAACAGCCAUAGAAAUACCUCUCUCUCUCUCUCUCUCUCUCACACACACACAUACGCACACACUCUAUCUCUCUCAUCAUAGUACGUACAUACUCUCUCAAUUUCAAACAUGGCCAAAAAACUCCAUUUUCUUCUUACUCUCAUAGCCAUUUCCCUUUCUUUCUUCUUUCAUGUCAUCUCCUCCGAUUCUUCUGUCGAUUCUUUCGUCUACGGUGGCUGUUCACAGAUAAAAUACACACCAAACUCACCUUACGAAUCAAACCUCAACUCCCUUCUCACAUCCUUUAUUAACUCAGCCACUUACUCAUCUUACAACAAAUUUAGUAUCAUGGGAUCAACCAAACAAGACAUAUUAUACGGCGUAUACCAAUGUCGCGGCGAUUUAUCGAUGCCAGAUUGUGCUACUUGUGUAGCCAAAGCAGUGAGUCAAGUUGAUAAACUUUGUUCACAAAACUGUGGUGGAGCUUUACAAUUACAAGGGUGUUUUGUAAAGUAUGAUAACACUUCAUUUCUUGGUGUUGAGGACGAGACUUGUGUGUUGAACAAAUGUGGGCCGUCUAAUAAUGGGCUUAAUGAGGAUUCUAUGGGCCGUGUUUUGACAAGUUUAAAUGGGGCUGAUGGGCUUUAUAGAGUUGGUGGGUCAUUAGAUGUACAUGGUGUGGCCCAAUGUGUUGGUGAUUUGAGUAAUGGCCAGUGUCAAGAUUGUUUAUCAGAAGCAAUCGGACGGCUGAAAAGUGAGUGUGGUGGAGCUGCGUAUGGGGAUAUGUUCUUGGGAAAAUGUUAUGCUAGGUUUACAACUAGUGGAGCUCAUUUUGAUGCCAAAUCUAAUCACGGUUCUCAUUUUGAGAAUGAGAAGACAUUUGCACUUAUAAUUGGAUUAUUAGCAGGGGUUGCACUUCUCAUCAUUUUCUUAACUUUCAUAAGAAGAAUAUUUGGACGAAAUGGUAAAUAAAGAAUACAUACAUGAUCAACGUCAAAUUGCAUUCUUUUUGUUUUCUUUAUUUUUAUGUUGUCUUUUUCAAAAAGAUGAUUAACUCAAAGGCUUCAUUGAAAUGGGAGAUUAUGAAGAAAAGAGGAAGUCUAGGGAAAUGUACCAUAAAAGUGGAAAGUGAAAAAGGCUAAGAUUCCGCUCUUAACUUUAAUUGCCUUGUAAAGAAGUUAAGUUGUAUUUUGAUAUGUUUUCAUGUUAUGUUAUUUGAUUAUAAUGAAGUAUUCUUUUGUUUUA